CAGUGGAACAAGUUUAUUGGGACUAAUGGUACUGGGAGAGGUAUUUAUCACAAGUCCCCAAGCUUGGACUGAUAUACAGUCUUGGUAUUUCAUCCCACAGUCUCUGCACACUGAGGACAGAACAGUACAGAUCUUAGCCUGGGAUAAUCUCCUCCCUUCUUGAUUCACAAUUGCGGCUCAGUCCACGUGUAUGGUUCUCGCUGAGCCCCCAUUGGCAAGAUGAAUCGGUAAGUCCCGCCCACUUGUUUUGCGUCAGCGCUGCGCUGUCUGAGGGGGUCUGCAGCGGACAGCGAGCCGCACUGCACACCGACAAAACCGGCAGGGGCGAGGCGGAAUCCAUCAUCGCUAUGGGAAUUAAGCGCAAGUUCCUGAAUGAACCAAGCCCUCAGCCUGCACCAUCCGACUCCGCUCCACCCGGAGACACAGAGUAUAAAACAGUGCAGCCCAGAGCCCCGAUCAGCUCCCCUCCUCCGGUGUGCUGAGGAGGACCAUGGUGAUGAUGAUCAGAAACAUCUAGAGAUGAGAAGUGUUACUCAAGCAGACAACUUGGACAAGGACGUUUGCUCGACCCUUAUUCGUGUUCUCUGAAUCAGGAUGAUGCCCGUCAUCCAUGUGUCCGCCGUGCUCCUAUGUACGGUGGUGGCUGACAUGUCAGCACGGGUUUUGACCACAUCUACCACAGAUGAUCAGCCUCUCCUCUCUCAGCGCCACUAUCAGCACACAGACCGGGACUCAGGCAACCAGAUGCUCUGUGAUAAAUGCCCGGCAGGCACCUAUGUUUCUGUCCAUUGCUCUCCAACAACUGUGAGGGAGUGCAGCCCCUGCCCCGAGGGCACCUUCACACGAGGCGAGAACGGUGUCCAACAAUGUCAUCGCUGUCAGGCUCCAUGUCUUGUGGGCUUCAUCGAGAAGGUGCCAUGCAAGGCCAUCCAAGACCGAGUCUGCACCUGUCCGCCCAACAGGUUCCUAUCAAUGGACGGUGGAGUAGAGUGUAAGCCCCACUCUCUGUGCCCUCCAGGGACCAGGGUGAAAAAGCGGGGUACUGAAACAGAAGAUGUUCUCUGUAAGCCAUGCACCAAGGGGACAUUUUCUCAUGUGGAAUCCAGUACUAUGAGUUGCAGAAACCACACAGACUGCCAGGCUCUGGGCAUUGUGCUGUUGACACCAGGAACAAGACAGACAGAUAAUGUCUGUGGACCCCCAUCUACCACUUUAUCAUCGGUCUUCCCAACCACUCCACUGGGGCCUGCACAGGCUGUGUUUGUACAGGAAUCUAUGAUAUCUUCAAUCUCCCCAUCAUUGAAUGGGCCCGCACAUAAAGGUCCCUCGAGCCAGUCAGCAGCCAUUCAAAAUCCAGGAAAUGGGGGUCCAGCCUCCAGCUACUACAGGCCCAGUCGCAGGGGGUCCCCAAGGCCGACCAUGCACGAUCACUUUGACAUCAAUGAGCACCUGCCCUGGAUGAUAGUCCUGCUGCUCCUGCUGGUGCUGGUGGUGAUUGUCGUGUGCAGCAUCAAGAGGAGCUCUCGGGUGCUGAAGAAGGGCCCAAUGCAGGACCCAAUUAGCAUCAUGGAGAAGGCAGUCCAUAAGAAGCCAUCUGUGCCUUCAACACAGGCCAGAGAGAAGUGGAUCUACUACUACUCCAAUGGCCAGGGGGUAGAUAUCCUGAAGUUGGUGGCUGCCCAGAUUGGAAACCAGUGGAUUGACAUUUAUCAGUCACUGGCAAACGCCACAGAGCGCGAGGUGGCCGCCUUCUCCAACGGCUACUCGUCCGAUCACGAGCGAGCGUAUGCUGCGCUGCAACACUGGAUCAUCCGAGACAGCGGGGCCAACCUGGCCAAGCUGAUUAACGCCCUGCACCGGCAGCGCCGCAUCGAUGUGGUAGAGAAGAUCCGCUGUGUCAUGGAGGACAACCCUCAGUUUGACAUCAACCAGCUGACGACCACAGUGAAUGUAAGCCAAAGGCUCAGUCCCAUUCACAAGCCACUGGAGUCCCCCAGCAGCACGGGCAGCAGCGGCGGAAGCAGCAGCAGUGGGAGUGUGGGCCGAGCCAGCGGCGUGGGGGCUGUGCAGUCGCCUAUGGAACGCACCAAAGGUUUCUUCACCGAUGAAUCAGAACCCCUCCUUCGUUGUGACUCCACAUCCAGCAAAGACUCUGCCCUCAGUAGGAAUGGCUCAUUCAUUACCAAAGAGAAGAAAGACACGGUUCUCCGGCAGGUUCGUCUGGACCCAUGUGACCUGCAGCCGAUCUUCGACGACAUGCUGCACAUCCUGAACCCCGAGGAGCUGCUCGUCCUCGAGGACAUCGCCACAGCCGAGGACAAGCUGGACCGACUUUUUGAGAUCGCUGGAGUCAAGAGCCAGGAAGCCAGCCAGACGCUGCUGGACUCGGUCUACAGCCACUUACCUGACCUAUUAUAGUGGAGGAAAGGGGAAGAAAGCAUACACAUGUUUAAAGCAACUGGAUGUGGUGUUAGAGAGAUGAGUCAGAUGUGGUGUAGUUGAGAUUUAGCUUGUGUUCUUGUUUCAAACAGAUACAGUUUGACUCAUCAGACCACUAAUGUAACAUAAUUCCAGCAAGUUAUUUACCUUUUGUCUGCUCCCCCUGAUGAGUCUGUUAAAUCCUAACCACUACAUUUCUUCUCUGUAAAUCCUCUUGUCGUGUCACAUGGCUACCAGUGUUGGCAAUGUGACCUAAACCAUGAGGCUCAAAUGCUCCAAGGUUUAAAAGAGUUGAGUCAUAAAGGUGUGAAUUAUGUACAGACUCCACUCAAGUAGCACUUUAUUUAUCUGAAAUAGCCAAUGCCAUCUUGUUUAAAGGACAGUACCGGUGUUUUUUCUUGUUGGUGCCAAUCAUUUAGGCUUUUCUUGCCUUUACUAAUGAUUCAGUGUAAAAAUAAUAUUUAUUAUUAAAACAGCAGGCAAAGGUAAAUGACCGUGGCAUAUGAGCUAUCACUAUAAACAACACUGGUAUUAUUCCUUGAUUAAGGUUCUUGUAAAUCAAAUGGAUUUUUCUCCAGGACUGGGCUGAACUCUAACUCAUGUGCCUAAACGCGUUUCUUUCCACAGCACCUCUUUCCUUUACUUCCAGCUGCCUGAACCGGAAGGAAAUAGUUAUUUUGGUAGCUUGUGACCACCAGCAGGGAGUAGCAAUAUUCCGACAGUCGACCUGCAGUUCUGACACCAAAUGCAUUGAACAAGAUCAUUAAAGACCGAAGGAAUACAGUGCCUUGCUAAGCAAUUUAUACACCUUGAACAUUUCCACAUUUACUUAUGUUAGAACCACAAACUUUCAUUUAUUUUAUUAGGAUAUUAUGUUAAAGAGCAAACAGAAGAAGCUAAAUGGUUUUCAAUUUUUUAUCUAGAAUCUAAAUCUAAAAAGUGUGGCAUGCGUUUCUAUUAUGCUGUCUUUACUUUGAUAACCCAUGUGGGAAACACAGCAAAGAAAGUCGCCCAGUCAGAUGAGACCAUAGCUGAACAUUUUUAAAGCCAGUCAGAGAGAACUCAGAAAAAGGUGUUUCAGCAAAAUAGUUGUCUUUGUGUCUUUCCACAAUAUGCCUUCACACUCACAUGCAAUGCUUUAUGUGUGGUUCAUUACCCUGAACACACCAUUUCUGUGGUGAAAUAUGGUGGUGGCAGUAUCAUGCUGUGGGAAUGCUUUUUUCCUACAUUGACCAAUUGAGAAUCUGUGGCAAAACUUAAAAUUGAUUUUUAGAAAUGAUCUCCAUUCAAUCUCAAUUAACCUGAGCUAUUUUACAAAGAAUGGGCAACCAUUUAAGUUUUUAGAUGUAAAACACAAACUUGCCACAAAAGCUGUGAAAGGCAGGGUUGCAGCAUAUUGAAUACAACCACAUGCCACACUUUUCAGAUUUACAAAUGUGUUUUCCUUUCACUUCAUAUUAAUUGUGUUGCCAAAAAAUGCAUUAAGGUUUGUGGUUCUAAGGUCACUAAAUGUUAAAAAGCUCAGGGGAUAUAAAUUCUUUAGCAAGACACGGUUUUAGUUACCUGGAGGUUCUAUUCUUGGCUUUUUUCUUCUUUGUUUUGGACCUAACUGGAACAUAAAAGCUAUAACUGUCCCAGCAUGCUUCAGUAAAUCCUGACAACCAUGUGAGCUUGUUCUUGAUGCAUUGUGGAGCUUCCUGAUGGUAUCAGCUAGACAUGGUUGUUGAUUAUUUUACUGCUGCAGCACCAAAUAAUUCAAAUCAAAUGCAUUUUUCAGUUAUUUUCUACAUGUUUAAGUUGAUACUCAAAUGUAAUAUUCAUGCGCUAAUGAUUAUACCUUUAUGUGCUUUCGUUUUCUCUAGUUCUUACCCAACAUUUGGUUUCACUGUAUUGUCCAUACUCACUUUUAUCUUCUGUUAUUAGUUAUUGUAGCAUUUGUCCCAGGCAUUCAUAUAUUUUUGAACCACUUCAUCCCCGGCUGAUAUUGCCUUGCUGGGAUGUAACAUAUGCAUACUCCAUACUCUACUUGAAGUCUGUUACAUGACCUCACCAAUGAAGAAGAGUGCAGUCUAUCAAUUCCUUUCACAAUAAACAGUCUGCAAAAGCAUAUUGAACGUUAGGAGGCACCAAAAAAUAAACUCUUGGAGUGGAUUUUUACCAUGAGAGCAUCCGGUUUCUAUCAAAACCGCUCUGGUGUGGACUCUCACCUGUUGGCCUGGCGUUGGGGAAAAAGCACAUUACGGAAGAACAAACAGCUGCUUCAGGACUUGCAGCCUGUGUUGAUAUAAAUAAAGAUGGUGCUGCUGUGGAUUGCAGACUUGGUGAUGAGGAAGUGUGACCACUGCACUGCACUGCACUGGGGGGAUUACAGCUGUAGGACAGAUUCUUUGGUUUUUAUGAAACAAUGAUGGGUAGAUGUGAAAAAGACAUGCUUGAGUAGAUGAUUUAAUCAAAUUCACAAUUUAAAUGUAACCAGUAUGUUUACCCUUCAAAUUAACUAAUUAAAGCAGUUUUUUCAAA